AUGUCCCAAGAACCUCCCAGCGCCGCUUGGCCCCUGGCCGACGCUACCAUGUCCCAGGAGAUCCUCGACCUCCUCCAGCAGGCCACCCAUUUCCGCCAGGCUAAGAAGGGCGCCAACGAAGUGACCAAGGCUCUGAACCGCGGUGUCGCCGAAGUGGUCGUUUUGGCCGCGGAUACGCAACCCCUCGCCAUCCUCCUGCACUUGCCCCUCCUCGCCGAAGACAAGAACGUCCCGUACGUCUACGUGCCCUCCAAGAUCGCUCUCGGCCGAGCCUGCGGUGUGAGCCGGCCCGUGAUCGCCGCGUCCAUCAACGCCAACGAGGCCAGUGAGCUCGCCGGGCCCAUCCGGUCUCUGCGGGACAAGAUUGAGAGGCUUGCCAUCUAA